GUCGACGUGUACAGGCACAGAGCAAGGACACAAAUGAACAGUUUAGUAUUUAGAAUAUUUACUCCGCGCAUUACGCUCACUCGCAAACCUUCCAGUGGCUGAUUUUUACAAAUGUAGUAGGGAUCUUCUCUGUUCCUUCCAUCAGGAGAAGUAAAACCCCAGGCUCCUGUACGGGGCGCACUUUCAAAAGAUGGUUCAAGCUCGCCUUCCGCAUUUGUAUCCAUGGCAACAGCUUCUCGAGUUCGGCUUUGGCGACUCCAAGAUGGCGGAUGUGGAGCAACAUGCAGUGCCCCCGGUGGUCUCAGAAGUAAAAAAACGUCGCGCACCCAAAGCCCCUGAGCUUCCAAUUGUGGAGAGGAGAAACUGGCUCAUCCACCAGCACUAUAUACAUAAAGAGUAUGAAACCUGCAAGGCAAUCAUUAAGGAGCAGUUGCAGGAGACGAAUGGAAUGUGCGAAUAUGCCAUAUAUGUGCAAGCACUAAUCUUGCGUCUCGAGGGCAAGAUCCAACAAUCCCUGGAGCUGUUUCAGAGCUGUGCCAUCCUUAAUCCCAGCAGCGCUGACAAUCUGAAGCAAGUAGCCAGAUCUCUGUUUUUACUGGGAAAGCACAAAGCAGCGAUUGAAUUCUAUCGUGAAGCUGCAAGGCUCAACGAGAAAGACUGGGAGAUCAGUCACAAUCUGGGAGUGUGCUAUUUCUUCAUCAAAGACUUCAAACACGCUGAGGAGCAACUCAACGUGGCUCUCCAGUUAAACAAACACGACACGACUUUCAUGACGCUCGGGAAAGUCCACUUGCUGGCCGGCGAAACUGACAAAGCCAUUGAUGUGUACAAGAGAGCAGUGGAAUUCUCUCCAGAGAAUACGGAACUGCUGACAACUCUUGGUCUGCUUUUUCUCUCACUUGGUAAAUAUCAAAAAGCUUUUGAGCACCUUGGAAAUGCCCUCACAUUCGACCCCAACAAUUAUAAGGCCAUCCUGGCUGCAGGCAGCAUGAUGCAGACCCAUGGGGACUUUGAUGUGGCCAUGAACAAGUACCGGGUCGCAGCAUGUGCUGUGCCCGAAAGCCCCCCUCUCUGGAACAACAUCGGCAUGUGCUUCUUUGGCAAAAAGAAAUACGUUGCUUCCAUCAGUUGCCUGAAGCGAGCUCACUACCUGUCUCCUUUUGACUGGAAAGUGUUGUACAACCUGGGCCUGGUCCACUUGACCAUGCAGCAGUACGCUUCUGCUUUCCACUUCCUCAGCGCCGCCAUCAACCUCAGCCCGCGACUGGGCGAGCUCUACAUGCUGCUGGCAGUGGCUUUGACCAACUUGGAAGAUGUGGAAAAUGCCACCAGAGCGUAUGAGCAAGCUGUGAAUCUGGACCAAUCAAACCCUCUGGUCAACCUGAACUUUGCAAUCUUCCUCUACAAUCUCGCCGACAAGAAGGGAGCGCUGAAUCAGUACCAGGAAAUGGAGAGAAAAGUCAACACGCUGAGAGACGGCAGUAGCAGCGUCGACUUUGACCCAGAGCUCAUAGAAAUGGCUCAGAAGAUGGGAGCAGCCCUUCAGGUGCCAGAGACCCUAGUAUGGACCAAACCGUCCAAGAGCUCCAAGUCCAAACUGAGCUCAGGAGCAGCCAGCCCGAGCCCGGGUGCUCCUCUUGGUUCUAACCAAGCCCUGGGUCAGGCCAUGUCUUCUGCUGCCAGCUACAACAAGAAUAUCCAGCAACCAACAAGGCCCUCCACAUCACUUGACCCUGACCCAGAUGUGGACAGUGUUCCCAGCCCGCCUUCUGAUCCUCCGGGCUCCCCAGAACUUGCCCAAUCAGAGGAUUCCCGACCCAAAACCUCCAAGAGAAAAUCAAAGACGGAGGAAUGAAUUUGUAUGGAGGAAUUGCCACCACUUUAUCGCAAUUCACUCUAUUGUUGAGAACAUUUAGCAGAUUUAGCAUUUGAAUUCUCUGAAUCACGAUGUGUAGUGGCAUAGCGUAAGUGUUGCACUUAACACUGAAAUAGCCAGUUUAUUUUAUUUUUUUACCUGCACUCUCACUUGGUGGUCAUAAAAUGGUCCAAAUAGAAGUGAUUGUUUGCCGUUGUUUAUAUUAAAAAAAAGUAUCCUUGGAGUAUUUGUAGGAGUGGGAACACAUGCUGCUAAGAUAAAUGUCAAGCGCCGCAACAAUCAUUGUACUAUACAAAGAUGCUUACAAGAUUUUAAUAGUUUGAUAAACACAAGUGUUUUCAUUGGGUGUAAAUAGCCAUUUUUAUAGUUCAAAUGUCAAUGACAAUUAUGUCGAGUAAUGCGUUCCAUGUUCAAUUCUAGAGUGGUGGACUGGUUUCUGACAUUCGUUCAGCAGCUGGAGACGAUUUUGCAACCAAUAAAAGUUGAAAGCU